AUGGUAUACAUCGCCUCCUGGCAGGAGUAUCAGGAAGCAGCUGAAAAUCUCUACACAAAAUCUCCCAAUAAAGCUCGAUACUGUGUGAAGUGGAGAUCAUCAGAGGGCAAGCUCGUCCUGAAGAUUACAGAUGACACAACAUGCAUAAAGUUCAAAACUUACUCCUCAAUCUUCCUCAAUCGAUUCGAAGCUUUGAACCUAUCACUAAUGCAGAAAAUGCAGAAUAAACGCCCUACACCAAUCGUACACUCCCUAAGCGCGCCUGAU